AUGAGUCUCCAGGAAAGUCUGCACAAUCUGCACGACCCUAGUCCGGCCAGCAUUUUUGGGAGGAGACUUCGACUUGCAAAGAUGAGGACAGACCACUUCAAGCCAAAACCAUUGCUUCCUUUCCUUGGACCUGCCGAUGAUGCCGACUCUGACCUUGACCUUGAAAAGCUUUUUGCCGCCGGUGCAUUGGCUGAUGUAUUCUCGUGGGCCCGCGUGAGCGAGGAAUCCGAUCCUGUUAAGCAGCUACCAGACCAUCAACGGCCAUCCUUCGCGCACAAGAUGGAUGGCAAUGGAAACAUGUCAGUCAGCAAGAAACUUGAGAAGGGUAACGAGGCCCAAGAAACACGUCUUCGCAGCCCUCAGAGACUCAGAUUGCGUCGCAAGGUUUCUUCAAGGGUUGGCCGCGCAACAAGGAAGGACUCUGAUGCACCCCUGCGUCGCGCUCGCUCUACUGACGUCGGGACCAAGCGCCAUGGUACCCCCACUCGCCGUGCUCAUACAGUCGAGGUGGCGGUAAGGAAGCACUCUCCUGUUCGCCACAAUUCAAACAAUGCACCGAGAAUGCGCCGAACUCGCUCUGCUGAUGUUGAGACUAAGCGCCAUCGAGCCCCCCUUCGCCGCGCUCAUACCGAUGAGACGGCGGUAAGGAAGCACUCUCCUGUUCGUCCAAACCAGGUGAAUGGAGAAGCGGAUGCACCCCUGCGUCGCACUCGCACUUGCACUCGCUCUUCCGACAUUGGGACCAAGCGCCAUAGUUCCCCCACUCGAUGUGCUCAUACAGCCGAGAUGGUGGUAAGGAAGCACUCUCAUCUUCACCAUAUUCCAAACAAUGCACCGAGAAUGUGCCGAACUCGCUCUGCUGAUGUUGGGACCAAGCACCAUCGUGCCCCCCUUCGCCGUGCUCAUACCGAUGAGAUGGUGGCAAGCAAAAAGCCUGCAACUCGGCGUCAUCAAAGUCCAGUGAAGACAGACACGGCCCAACCUCAACGUUCUCGGCCUUCUUCGUCGGGACGGUCUCCCAGGAGAUGUCGCCGAUCAAACACUGACGAAGACAGCGCCACUGCCAAGUAG